CUGCUGUGAAGGCAUCAUUAUCAUGGGUGGUUAUCGUCUGAAGUUACGGCUCAUUGCACUCCUGUUCUUCGCAGUGACAACUCUGAUUACUUACGUCACUCUUAAACAUGCGUCAUUCAUCUUCCCACAAUGGGAAAUGAACAAAAAUGAGUUUCUUGGUCCACCGUUGCAUUCCCCAAAUCAUGGAUCAAACAUACAAAAAAGCCAUGAAACUUUUGUUUUUAAGCAAAUGAUCUUAGACAACCCAAGUAGAAAGCCAGAAGUGGGUCGACAAAAUCAUCUUGAGAAUAUUCCUACAUUCCACCAAAAAGCUGGAAGGUCAAAGUGUAAUACCAGUGUUACAAUUCUGGCUCCAUCAAUGCGUCCAUUUCAAGCAUGGAGGGAGUACAAGCAACUCCUGAAUGAGUUCUCCGAACAAUCAACACAACUGAGCAAUACUGACCAGAGAAGUCUUCACUUGGAAUGUCCUAGACAACUCUGCAAUGUUGACAUCCAAGUCACGACAGAUGAAGUGUAUCUCAAGACUACCAAUGCAGUCAUUGUCAACAUGUUUCCACAAAUUUUCAAAAAAAAUCUUCUGAGUUUUCUGUCCCAUCUAAGGCAAAUAUUGAAUCCCCAGGUUCACUGGUUUUUCUACGGUGUAGAGAGCCCACAGAUGAUGACAUUCUGGGACCCUAACAUUGCAGAGAUUCAAUAUCAUCACUCAAUUACAUAUCACUCUGAAGCAGACCUCCAGCUUCCAUAUGGCAAAUAUUUGUCCAACCAUUCUGAUGAAAUGGUAUCACCUGAGCGAGACUGGUCAGCUAAUAAGACUGCCCUGAUAGCCUGGAUGGCCAGUAAUUGUAACAACACAUUUUGGCCACGGCAUGAGUUUGUCAGCGAGUUGAAGAAGCACAUCCUUGUUGAUAUGUAUGGAGCGUGUGGAACUUUGACAUGCCUUCCUGCCUUGUCAGAGAAGUGUACAAAUCUUAUGACUCGUUAUAAAUUCUAUCUUGCACUAGAGAAUGCAGAGUGUGAUGAUUAUAUUACAGAGAAGGUUUGGACCAAUGGUCUCCUGCAAGGGGCGGUGCCAGUUGUUUAUGGGGGAAGGAAAGAAUCCUAUGAACGACUCCUACCUCCGAAGUCUUUUAUUCAUAUCAGUGAUUUUGACUCGGCUGAACAAUUGGCAGCAUAUCUGCAGUUUCUUCAUUUUCACAAAAGCAUGUACAACAUGUAUCAUGCUUGGCGAAAUUAUGGCAGUUUUAAAGUAGUUUAUCCACCUUUGAACCCUCAGUUUUUUUGUGAAAUUGUGCCUUUUACAUUAAAGCCACCUCCUCAGCUUAGAGCAGUGAAGAAUAGUGGCUACUACAAGGGUUGCAAAAGCCUGCUUGGAACUUUUGUAGAUCGGGGCUCCUUAAAAUCUUUUGUUCCAUGGAAAUAAGCUAAGUCACCUAAUUAUCAUUUUGAGUGGCUCACAGUAUUCAGAAGCUUACUCUGACUUCUUUUAAAGUGGAUUACUCUGACACAUCUCAGCAGAGGAUAGUAGUUAUGAGAUAAUUAACAUUGCAAUGUUAGUUGUUAGAUUUUGUUUUCUGUUUCAUAUGCCAAAGGUUAGAUUUUGAUUUAUAUUUCGCAUGCCAAAAGUUUAUUCUGAUGUUUGAUUAUUAGUAAAGUGUAUCAAUUCAGAAACAUUGCUCAAAUGCCUUCCUUUUGGGGGUUAAGACUAUUUUUACAAAAUCGAUGUCAUAUAGAAUAUAAGAUUGCUAUCAAAAAUCAAACCCUUAGUCUUCAUUAUUAAAAAAUGGAAAUUUCAAUUCUAAUUCUGUAAACCCCACGCAAUUAUUUCAAAUGGACAUGACCAUCUUUCUACAUAUCUUCAUGGCCCCCACUUUUUUUCUGAAGUUUUUCUUUCAUACUUUCCAUUUAUCUCCUGUUUUCUCAAUCUCCUUAAUUGCGUAUAAUUCAUGCCUUUUCUUUCUAAUGAAUCUUUUGCAUAUUUAUGAUCAAUAAAACACAGAAAUAGAAAAAAUAUUCAGAAACAUUGUUUUGUAAAGGUACUUAAUGCAAUAAACCAUCAGGAAUAUAGUUCUGUGCUUAUUCGUGAGUUUAAAUAUUUUUAUAGAGUGUAUAUGCAACAUUUCUGUAACAUGCAAUGUAGCGAGCAAGUGCAUGUAUGUUUUGUAUUUUUUAUACAGGUUUUGUUCUGUUUGUACUUGGAUAACACAUUGGAUUGAAAUGUCAUUUCUAGGGUUUUACUUUUUGUUGUAUUCUCACUUAAUUACGAAUUAGCAUCUUGUUAUGAAAUAUUAUUUCAAUUUUGCAUUUUAAGAUGUGUAUUCUUUUUUCUGGCAUUACAAAAUAAACUUUUUGAU